AAUUAGCCGACUCCCUGGGUUAAAGUUUGUGAAAUAAGUUUAUAUAUCAUUUUACAUCAGUCGGAAAUGAUCUCUGCAGAGCUGUACGUCUUUGUUAAUCACACCUCGGAUCUGAACGGCACAUUUUCACCUCAUCAGUUUAUCUGAGCGCCUGACGCGCGCAUGUAUGAACUCCCCAUUGAGUCUUAAAUGCAAUCAACAGCUUCCAUUAAGGUCUGCAGCGGGAAUCCACGUUCCUGCACAGCCUCGGGGCCGUGUUGAUUAGCUGCGUAAAGACCCGAUCUGUUCUCCUUUAGGGGCCUGAAUAGAAGCGAUAAUGGGCCGUUAUCUUAUCCCGGUCAGGGAAUGGGGGAGAGAGGAAACUGCUGCCAAGGGGGGAGACUGACUUAUCCCCCACAGAGAGCAGAGCGGAGGCCGGAUAAUGAGAGGAAUAUCAGCUUUAAUGCGCGGCAGUUUGCGUCUGACAUGAAAUCAGGUUCAUUUUGGAUCAUAUGCGCAAAAAUAGAUGAAGGCGCCGAUUAAAAUCUUGUUUCAGUGUGAAAAGCAGGGUCAAUUCGGAUUGUGAAGAGGUAUGAAAUAGCCUGCAAGCUGCAGUUUGACUCCGAAUCUAAACAUGUUUAAUGAUCCAGACUCCUGAUGUUUGGCGGCCUGCACGCACUAACGCCGCUGUUCCCUCUGAUGGCUCCGGCGACUGGGAAAUAAUCGGAUUGCUCCGCAGGAAGAGCCUCCGUGACCCAACAGCGCCUUUCCAAUAGUCUGCAAACACUGCGGAUUAUCUUAAUUCAAUUAAUUCUCAAUACACAAACCCGCGGCCCUUCAACCCGGUCUGACUCAGCCUCUGCGCCGUGACGUCACGGCCUAUAAGAGCAACCCCUCGCGCAGCAGUUCGCAUCCUGAACCCGAGCUGACUCUGCAGCGCUUGCAGAGGAGAGAAGAGCGCAGCCGCGUCACCAUGUCGCCUUCAGCCUGAACUUUCUUUCCGCUUCCUCAGGAGUUUUGAUUCCCAGUUUGAUCCGUUUUUUUCUCCUCCGCGCAGCCGCGUGAUGCCCGCCGGGAUGUUUAGCAUCGACAGCAUCCUGUCCGGACGGCCGAACUGUAAGGAGCCGCUGCUGCUGCACCGGAGCGGCCCCGUGGUGCUUCCCGCCGGCCUCACGGACACCAUCUACACCGACUACAGCGGACUGUACUCGGCUGCCCGCGGACCGUCCCCGCCGGGGGUCCACGCAUUGAGCGGGGCAAGGAUCGGAUAUAACAGCUACUACUACGGACAGCUGCAGGUCCAGGGUCCCGGAGGAGGUCCGCCUUGCUGCGGAGCCGUGCCCGGCCUCAGUCCGCAGCAGUGCCCCUGCUUCCCCGCAGGCUACGACAGCCCGGCCUCGGUGCUCCUGUCCCCGGUUCCUCACCACAUGAUGUCCUACAUGAACAUGGGCAGCCUGUCGCGGACCGAGCUGCAGCUCCUCAACCAGCUGCACUGCCGCAGGAAGCGCAGGCAUCGAACCAUCUUCACCGACGAGCAGCUGGAGGCUCUUGAGGGCCUCUUCCAGGAGACCAAGUACCCGGACGUGGGGACGCGGGAGCAGCUGGCCCGGAAAGUUCACCUGCGGGAGGAGAAGGUCGAGGUGUGGUUCAAGAACCGUCGCGCCAAGUGGAGGCGGCAGAAGCGCUCCUCCUCAGAGGAGUCGGAGAACUCUCAGAAAUGGAGCAAAAAAGCGGAGAAAACGGACGGGACUAAAAGCGACGCGGACUCUGACAGCUGAUGGAGACGGGGACGCGCGUGAUGUAAUGUUGCACAGGUGUACAUAUCGUUUUAUUAUUGUCUCUGUGACGCCUAUUUAUGUUUAAUUUAAAACUCCUUUUAUGUCGUAGUUUAAAGCGCGCGCACUCACGGUGCACCAUGUGACCGUUCGUGGAUGUUAAUUGUUGGUGCACGUGCAGAUUCGCUGCGCAAGCUCUCGUGUGUAAUUAAUUAGAAAUAAAGUGACAUCAUUGAAAUUUCAGCGGAAGACGGCGCUCUGCGCGCACACCAUGCGCGCCCACAGCGCCGGGCUUCCGGCUGAAACUGUAGAAAUCGGAAGUUUGAAUUUGGAUUUUACUGAAGACAAAAUGAUAAAUGAUCCAAUUUUAAAGCGGAAUCUGUUUGGGUUUCUGACAAAUUUCACCAAGCAAAUUGAAAUUACCAACAUGUUGGAACAAAAAUGUGUUUUCAUCUCCAAACCAAAAAGAUGUAAAUUAAAUUUACAGAAACAGCAGCAGAAAGGAAGCUCAUCUGAAGCUGAUUUGUGUUUCAGGGUGUAAAAACGUAUUUUCUUUUAUUUAUCUGGUCUUGUAAAUAUGAUUAUUAUAAUGAAUCUUAUUUAAUCUCUCAAUUAGAGUGUAAAAUAUCUUUAUUUCUGUCAUGAAAAACGUACAAAAAUAAAUUCCUGCACAUCAGUUUUCCGAAAUUAAAACUUGGUUUCAAGAAAAUUAUGAGUCAAAUGUUGGUAAAAGAGCAUCUUUGUAACUAGAUAUGAGUGUCUCAUUGUAUCUGUGAAAGAUGUGAAUAAAUAUAAUUUUAUGUAAAUAUGAAACUAAGUAGAUAAAUAAAAACCUCUGUGAGGUACAGAUCAAUUUGAAGGCAAAAUUAGCCAAACUGGAAUAGAAAAUUAUUUUUCAUUGUUUAACAAGAGAAACAAGAUGCAGGUAAAAGCUCUAAUACCUGAUUCAAAAACAAUGUGUUUGCAGGUUUGUCAAACAUUCAGCAUUAAAUCAAAUAUGAAAAAAGAAGUAAGUUAAAUCUGAAUAAAAAAUAUAAACGC